CGACAUGAAGUUUUGGCCCGAGCUUCAGAGGAUAUGAUCACAAGAUGCGAUCCUGUUUCCAGUACUCAGCUGCACUGUUGAUCGCACUGCUCGUCGGCUUUGCUUUAGCCCAACCAGGUGGUUUUCCUGGUCGACGCUGCGGGCCCGGUGAGCAGUUUUCCCAGUGCAGCACUGCCUGCCCCGCAAUUUGUGGCCAGCCUCCGCCGCAGGCCUGCGCUUUCAAGUGCGUCACCGGGUGCGUCUGCAGACCUGGACUGAUUCGCGCUUUCAACGGAUGGUGUGUGCCCGAGCGCCUGUGUAUUGACAUCGGCGGAGGCGUACUAAUAGAGGAGACAGUCCUGGCACAGCUCACAACGGCCUGCCAUGGUGGGCCAGGCAAAUUUGUGCGGGCCUUGCUGCGGCACGUUUUCAGUAAAGAGGAAUUCAUGGACCGCUCGCUCUUUGGAAUUAAGAGCUCAAAGGGGCAGAAAGAGGCCCUUGACCCCAUCAGAGAGGUUGUGGCCAAGUACUGCACCAGGGUGGCCAAUCCUGCUCUGGACACCAAAAUGCAGACCCGUUACAUCAUCUGCGCCACCCUGAUGGCUGUUCUGCUAGUCAGCUUCACCGAAGCACAAGUGAGUGCACGAACACAAUCUCCUAAGUUCCUCGUAGACGUGAAAGUGGAGAUGAAGCCGCCUCAGUUUGAGGUGGACACAGCACCGGCUAUCUUUCAGCACAUGAUGAAGACAACGUUGUCUGGAAUUCCAGGGUCGGACCAGUUCCGCUCACAAGCAGCUGAUGAUGGUGGAAUCUGUAAAAUGUUUCGAGCCAGAGGCAUCACUGUUUUACUCGUGCAGAUUCCCUCCCACCAGGUUGAAAGAGGCAUGUGGUUAGCAGGAGCCCACAUUCCGGACCUUGACCAUAUGCCUGAAUUGGUCCUGUAUUCUGCCACAUCGGAGUACACUUUUCCAACUUCUAGGUUCAUGUGCGUAAUGCGCUCCGAGAUCCAGUCAAACGCAGACAAGACUUCUUCGUCAGUCAGACUUUUCCCCUUGUAUAUUGGGUCAAGUAGGUUUGCUGCACAGUGCACGCGAUUAACUCGAAACACUUUGCGUGUCUUUAAGGCUUUUUCAGCUAGAUCCCGUUCACUCUGCGAAAGAACAGAGCGCUGCAAAUUCGAGUGAAUCUCCUCCGCUAGAUUGUGAAAAAAGUUGUGACGUCGGACAACAGGGCCCCGUCACCUUCUACAGCUUCGAUAGCCUUUGCGAUGGGUUCCAGCAGAGUAUGGCAUGAUUUCAAUGCGACCCAGAGCUCUUCUUCGUCCAGAACGACCAGACUAAGAGUCUUGUCGAACUUCAAGUUUUCCAUUAUAGCUAU